AUGAGCAAGGCUGAGAAAAAGGUUGAGAAGCUGGAGACAGAGCUAGGUCGGUUGCUGGAGUCAAUGGAACAUGUCGACUUCGAUGAUGGAGUCGAAGUCAAUGAUAUGUGCUGUCUCCUUGAUGACAAGGCCCACUUGAUUGGAGACCUUUAUAGCUUUGUUAUCUCCAUAAAAGCGGAGAGAAGCGAUAUGCUUCCUCUUAGAACCCAACUUAUUGAACACCUCCGAAGCAUGGAGUUGCAAAUCACUGUCAUUGGUACCCAGUUACCCACACCUGCAGGUCUGGUCAUGUAUGAUGCUGGACAUAUAUAUGAUGAUGGAAUAGACAAUCUUAACCUCAUAGCACAGCUCAUGAUUCUUCUGGGGGUCGUAUGCAAUAUUGUCAUGCAAAUCUCAAAAGGGGGCUGCAACUUCAUUCUUGGAGUCGCUGGACUCAUUUCAUGA